AUGGCUUCACUCACUUCCCCUCCGCGCGUACCCAUCCCUGCCAACGGCGUCGACUACCGUGGCAAAAUCGUUCUGGCCCCGAUGGUCCGUUCGGGAGAACUACCAUCUCGUAUCCUCGCCCUUAAAUAUGGUGCUGAUCUGGUCUGGGGUCCCGAGACUGUCGACCGCGCCAUGAUCGGUACCGCCCGCCGUGUCAACCCCCGCAACGGUACCAUCGAGUUCACCCGAUGCCCCUCCAACGGUGGACGGCGAGACAAACCUUUCGAGGAAUCCAUCUUAUACCGCAUCGAUCCCGCCUGGGAGAAGAAGAAGUUGAUCUUCCAGAUCGGUACCGCCUCGCCGGAGCUAGCGGUGGAAGCCGCCAAGUUGGUCGCCGGCGACGUGGCGGGAAUCGACGUGAACUCGGGAUGUCCCAAACCCUUCAGUACGCAUGCCGGAAUGGGCGCGGCCCUGCUGCGCACCCCGGAUAAGUUAUGUGCCAUUCUCGAAGCGCUGGUCCGAGAUGUUGGCAUCCCCUAUCAGAUCGGGAUCUCGGUGAAGAUCCGCAUACUCAGCAAUGCCGAACAGACGGAGCAACUGGUGUCACGGCUCGUGAAGACAGGAAUCACCGGGUUGACGGUCCACUGCCGCACGACACCCAUGCGACCCCGUGAGAAGGCCAUCCGAGACCAACUGCGAAUGGUCGCUUCGGUAUGUCGCAAUGCCGGGGUUGCGUGCAUCAUGAACGGCGACGUGACUUCGCGCGAUGAGGGACUAGCCCUGAUGGAGGAAUACGGCGUGGAUGGGGCGAUGAUUGCAACUGCUGCUGAAUCUAAUUCAUCCUGUUUUCGUUCCCAGGAAGACGGUGGCCUCCUGCCGUGGAGAGAAGUCGUUUACGAGUACCUGCGAUCCGCCAUUGACUCCGAAAAUCGUUUCGGCAACACCAAGUACCUAUUGAAUAUCAUGAUCCCGGGUAAAGACAAAGAGUUUAAGGAUGCCAAGAAUGCGAAGACAUAUUUCGACUGUUGUCAUCUGUUGAAAUUCGAUGACUUAAUGCCCAAGGCCCUCCAAGUAGACGAAAUUCUCAAACUCUCCGACAAGUCCAUUUUCAAAGACUCAUCCGAUGCACGCAGCAAAGCUGUUCAGAAUGCCCUCGAGAACAACGAAACCGCUCGAGCUGCCAGCGGUGUUACUGCUCGACCCAAGUCGUCUUCGCCCGUCGUGACCGCGGGGGGUCCAAUUCGCGCCAACUUCAUUCCCAUCCCGACUGCAAAGACUGAUCAUGUAGAUGCUCCUGUGCCAGAGGAGACUCUCCAGAAGCAAGAGCUAGCGGUGUAA